UAUUGGUUUCCAGAACCCUGUCCGUUUCGUAUCUGCAAGGUUGCUGCUCGGGUGCGGACGUUAACCCCUUGAGCGUCGUGGCUGAGUCGGGCAACCCUCACUACAAUAUUUGAAGGACGAAAGAAGGCGAGAAGAGGAUCGGUAUACGUGAUCAGUUCAGGUUCAGCGGUGUUCGUGUUUGGUGUACUUCUUUUGCGAUCUCUACGGUAUUUGGAAGCGGAGUUUGUUACGCGAUCUCUUUGAGCUUGAGCGGUGAAACUUUGUCAGAAGAGAACGAUAAUUCAAUAACAUCAAACGUCGAUAUCAACACACGCGUUUGGUGUCGGCAUAGACCAUGUCGCCAUCACAACCACAACCACCACAUACAUCCCAGGGUGACAACGAAGCACCAGCACCCGGCCGCGCAUCCCUCUCCAACCCCCGCGGCAACGCACCACGCGCCGUCCGCUUCUCCUCCGAAGUACAAUCAUACACCGACCGCCCCCGCCCUGUCGUAUCUGCCCAAAUCGACGUCGCGGAGGCACUUGCGCGCUUGCCACAGGCCAAUAUCACGGAAGAAGACGACAAUGUGCGCAUUCAUGAGAUUCCGCGUACUCCGACACGGGAAUCGAGCGUGAAGGGGAGGGUGUUGCAGACCGUGGUGGACAGUCCUGCGAGUAGCACGGAUGAUUUGAGUACGACGGGGUUGAUGCCAAAGAGAAAUCGAGGUUACUCGCUCCGAACACAGCUCUUUCAGCGGAGGGCACAGGAUGAUGUCACGCCGUCGCCGCCGACGGGACAGGGAUUGGCUCGGUUUGAAACGAUUCCGUUGCAGGAGGGUGUUGGGCAGGGAAAUGGACGCAGGGGGGACAAUGAAGAGGAGAGUGCGGAGAAACAGGGAAGGAGGACGUUGUUGUCGCAGUACACCGACAAGGCGUUGCCAAAUUAUUCGAAGUGGGCGGUGAAGAGGCAGGGUGGGGCUCUGAAACGGAGGGUUGUUGAGGGGUAUGAGUUCCUUCGGGACUUGGCGCUCCGCAGGCAACAGUUCGAAGACAACGGCGAAGGCCGCGUGCUUCUUCUCGACGCUCAACACAAAGACCCUCUCAUCGACCCUCGCACCAACAAACCCUAUAUCGACAACCUCAUCGUCUCCUCCCGCUACACAAUCUACAACUUCCUCCCAAGACAACUCUACGCACAAUUCUCCAAAAUCGCAAAUUGCUAUUUCCUCCUCGUCUCGAUCAUGCAGAUGAUCCCCGGAUGGAGUACGACUGGAAACUACACCACGAUCGUGCCAUUGUUAUUCUUUCUGAGUAUUUCGAUGGCGAGAGAGGGGUUUGAUGACAUUCGAAGGUAUCGGUUGGAUAAGGUGGAGAAUAACCAGGAAACGGAGGUGUUUCGGGCGUAUCAGCCUACGGAGCCAGGGGAGAGCAUGGGACCGAGGGUGUGGCAAAAAAUCAAGUGGAAGGAUAUCAGGGUUGGUGAUGUCGUCCGGUUGCAUCAGAAUGAAUGGGUUCCGGCAGAUUUGUUGUUGCUGAAUUCGGGUGGGGAGAAUGGGGUUGCGUAUAUCGAGACGAUGGCUUUGGAUGGAGAGACGAAUUUGAAGACGCGUCAGGCUCUGCCGAAAAUUCGUGAGCAUUGCGCGACGGAUGAGGCGUUGGCGACUUUUAGGACUGAGAUCACGGUCGAGCAGCCAAACCAGGAUCUCUACAACUUCGAUGGAAAGAUCGCGAUGGAUGGGGAUAUGAUCCCGGUGACGAAUAACGACAUCCUCUAUCGUGGGAGUAUCCUAAGGAAUACGCCCAGUAUCACCGGAUUCGUUAUUUUCUCGGGCGAGGAGACGAAAAUCAGGAUGAAUGCGUCCAAGAACGCGCGUACGAAGGCCCCGACGAUGCAGAAGAGUGUCAACAAGGUCGUCGUUAUUAUCGUGAUCUUCGUCAUCCUGCUUGCGGUAUUUUGUACUGCUGCGUACCAGAUCUGGCAUAAGCAGUACGAACGUGAGGCGUGGUAUCUCCAAGAUGCGAAAGUCGCUUUCAUGCCCAUCGCUGCUGGUUUCGUCAUUUUGUUCAACACGCUCGUUCCGUUGUCGCUCUAUGUCACGAUGGAGAUCGUUAAGUUGGCGCAGAUGCUGAUGUUGCAGAUGGAUAUCGACAUGUACGACGAAGUGACGGAUACCCCCGCCGAAGCCCGCACGGCUACCAUCAACGAGGAGCUCGGUCAGGUUUCAUAUGUUUUCUCGGAUAAGACGGGAACGUUGACGGACAAUAUCAUGUUGUUCCGGAAGAUCUCGGUGGCGGGGUAUGCGUGGUUGCAUGAUCUCGAUUUACAGCAGGAGAGAAGGAGAGAAGACGGGAAGUUGUACUUGAGGCACAAGAAGAGAACUACGAAGAAGACGAUCAAGAGGCAGAAGAAGGAGGCGAUGUCAAGGGCCAAGUCGAUGGAUGUUGAUCGCGGUAUUAUGAGGAGUCAGAGUAUUCCGGUGAAUGGUGGUGAUUAUGGCGUUGUCACCAUGUCGGAGGACGCGGAGGAACCGCCACACUGGAAGCCGAGUGCGCAGCCCGGAAAGCAGCAGCCUGUCCGUAACACGAUCGAUUUGUUGGAGUACUUGCAGACGCAUCCGCAUACGAUCUUUUCGAGGCGUGCGAGGUUUUUCUUGUUAGCCAUAGCUUUGUGUCAUACGUGUCUUCCGGACACGAAUGAUGAGACUGGGGAUGUGGAAUACCAGGCUGCUUCGCCCGAUGAGCUGGCUCUUGUCAAUGCGGCGAAGGAGUUGGGAUACAUCGUCGUCGAUCGCAGCGUCAACGCGGUUAGUGUCAAGACGUACCCCAACGGAUUGGAGGAACAGCCCAUGGUCGAAGUAUACCAGAUCUUGGACGUCAUCGAGUUCAGUUCGAAGCGUAAGAGAAUGUCGAUCGUUCUCCGAUUCCCGGAUGGAAGGAUUUGUCUGUUUUGUAAGGGUGCUGAUUCGGUCAUUGCUGAGCGUUUGAGGAUGAAGGAUAUCGCGCAGAAGAAGAAGGCUGAUGUCAGGCGUUCGGCGAGUAUGCGCAAGUCUGUAGAGGCGGAGCGGUAUUUGGCGAGGAACAGCAUGAAUGCCGCCAGGCCACGUCCGAGUAUGCAGCUUGCCAGGCGCAGUACUGCCGAUCGCAUGGAGACCAUCCGUGAUCUCGAUGUGUGGUUGAAGGACCGCAAGGACUCGGUGGAUGACGACAGUAUCUACACCCGUACUUCCGUGCAAUUCGAUUCUCGGCACAGUAUGGCGUACGGUGAGCUCAAAUCUCCUUUGCCCUUGGAGCGCGAAUUUAGGAGUGACCUGGUGGAUCUUGUCGACGAUAAGAUCGUCUUGAAUGAUGCGCUUGUUUUCGAGCGUACCUUCCAGCACAUUGAUGAUUUCGCGACGGAGGGUUUGCGUACGUUGCUGUACGGGCACAAGUUCUUGGACAACAACGAGUAUCAGGUCUGGCGCAAGAUUUACAAUGAAGCCACGACGUCUCUUGUUGAUCGCCAGCUCAAGAUUGAGAACGCUGCUGAGAUCAUCGAGACUGAUCUUGAGGUUUCUGGUGCUACUGCCAUUGAGGACAAGCUGCAGCGUGGUGUUCCGGAGGCGAUUGACAAGAUCAGGCGUGCUGGUAUCAAGAUUUGGAUGUUGACUGGUGAUAAACGCGAAACUGCCAUUAACAUCGGCCACUCCUGUAGGCUGAUCAAGGACUUCUCGACUGUUACCAUUCUAGACUCCAAUGACACAGACAUGACCGGCACCAUGGCGCAAGCUAUGCUCGAUUUGCAGGAUGGACAUGUUGCACAUUCAGUCAUUGUCGUUGAUGGUGCAACGCUCGCGGAUAUCGAGUCCGAUAUGACGAUGAUGACGCUCUUCCUCGAUCUUGGUGUCAAGGCUGAUUCAGUCAUCGUUUGCCGUGCUUCCCCAAGUCAAAAGGCGACAAUGGUCCGUUCCGUCAGGAAGAAGGUGCAGCGCUCUGUCACGCUGGCUAUCGGUGAUGGUGCCAAUGACAUUGCCAUGAUCCAGGAGGCUCACGUCGGUAUCGGGAUCACCGGUAAGGAAGGUCUUCAGGCUGCCCGUUGCUCUGAUUACUCCAUUGCGCAGUUCAGGUUCUUGCAGAAGCUAAUGUUUGUUCAUGGACGAUGGUGUUACAUCAGGACGUCCAAGUUCAUUCUUGGUACGUUCUACAAGGAGUUGGUGUUCUACCUCAUGCAAGCUAUCUUCCAACGUCAUGUGGGUUACACUGGUACAUCUUUGUUUGAGUCUUGGUCGCUUUCGGUCUUCAACACCUUGUUCUCGUCGUUGCCGGUUAUCAUUCCUGGUGUUCUUAGUCAGGAUUUGCACGCUACGACGCUUCUUGCAGUGCCGGAGUUGUACCGCAAGGGGCAGCAUAACGAGGCGUUCAACAUCAAGGUCUAUCUUGGGUGGCAGUUCAUUGCUGUGUGUCAGGCGUUCAUGGGAUUCUACAUCGCACUUGCGUUCGUUGGUUUACCCUCAGCUGAUUCGGGUGACCUCUUCCAGUUCGGAAGUGCAAUCUUUACCUACGUCGUUAUUUUGGUCAUUGUCAAGCUUCAAUUCUUGGAGUCGCGUAACUGGAAUGCGAUUACUUGGGUUACGGCUGUCAUCACAACCUUUGGUUGGUUCAUCUGGAAUAUGCUUCUCAGCGGCAUCUACACCAACAACAAGAUCUACAAGGUCAAGGGCAACUUCAUCAACCAUAUGGGACGGAACUUGUCCUGGUGGUGUGCGGUUCUCUUGUCUUUGGCGGCUGCUCUCCUCUUUGACGUCCUGGUUUCGACGGUCCGUGCUAGCAUGUUCCCCACUGACUCUGACGUCUUUGCCGAGCUUGAGCACGACCCGGUUGUUCGCUUCCGUCUUGAAGAAGAGGCUGCUUCUGAAUUGCAAAUGGGAUGGAAUCGCGGAAAGAAGAAGGCUAGUGAGGAGAUCCGGAGAGAACUGGAGGUCGAGGAGCUGUUGAGGAACCGGCCCGACAACCUCGAGGAGACCAGCAAGUCCCGCACUUCACGCGUGACUGAGCGCCCUGUCUCCGGUGGCGAGUCAUCUGGUUCUACCAAAUACCUCAAUCCGCCUUACCGGAAGAACUCACUACGUGUCGACGAGCGGUCCAUUGGCUCCCGGUCAGAUCUUUCCAUUUCGGAACUGGACCGAGACGCCUCACCGGCGCGACCACCGGCACGACCACCGGCACGGAGGAUAUCAUUACCCGCAAGCAGUGAUCUGAAGUCGGCGUUGAAGCGGAGAGAUUCGUAGGGUUGAUGGUCAGGAGAGAGGGAGUGUCGCAGGAUUGGUUAUCUAUUGGUCGAACAAGGCAUGGGGUCCAUAGGAAAUAGCCGUAGGAUACGGAGUUCUGGUGUCGGUGUACUCUUUUGCAAAGCUUCUUCAAAAGUAUAACGUUAUACAAAGAUGAUCUCCGGCAGUUUCUCUAUACAUAUAUGUCUUGGCUCACGUG